AUGGCUACCGCGAGCAUUUUACUGAAUUGAUCAUCUAACCCGUCUCCCGACAAUAAUUAGUACAAAACCCAACUCGACAACACGAGAAGUUAUUUAUACAUGUGCACAGUUCAUUUCGCGGUUCGAAAUAGCCACUCUACUUUCUAACCUAUGAAAAUAUAAAAUGAUUUAACAGUGAGUGUCCGCUGGAUUUUUUCGAAACCCAUAUCCGCCAUGUUAAAGAAAACCCACAAAUAAGAACCCCACUCUGUUGUAUCUGGCCGCUGUGAUCGAUUGAAGAAUCCAAUAUGGCGUCUUGUGUGAACGGACAUUUCGGGAGUCAGGAGUACGUGCCAGUGGCGGAGUUCUACGCGGACAAGUCCGUGUUCGUUACGGGGGGCACGGGCUUCAUGGGCAAGGUGCUAGUCGAGAAGCUGUUACGUAGCUGUCCAAAGAUCAAGAACAUCUAUCUGCUGAUGCGGCCGAAGCGGGGACAAGAUGUGGCAUCUCGUCUCACUGAACUCACACAGUCACCGCUGUUCGAGACAUUACGGAAAGAACGGCCGUUCGAGCUAAACAAGAUAGUGCCCAUCGUCGGCGAUAUAACGGAACCGGAACUUGGAAUCAGCGUCUCCGACCAGGCCAUGCUUUGCCAAAAGGUGUCCGUGGUAUUCCACUCCGCAGCCACAGUGAAAUUCGACGAGAAACUCAAACUGUCGGUCACCAUCAACAUGCUUGGCACGCAGCAGCUCGUCCAGCUCUGUCAUCGCAUGCUCCUUCUAGAGGCCCUAGUCCACGUCUCGACCGCAUACUGCAACUGCGAGCGUGAACGCGUAGAAGAAACGGUCUACGCGCCGCCAGCGCACCCUGAACACGUUGUCACCCUGGUGCAGACCUUACCAGAUGAGCUGGUGGAUAGAAUCACUCCCGAUCUCGUUGGUGACCGGCCGAACACGUAUACAUUCACGAAGGCUCUCGCGGAAGACAUGCUUAUCAAGGAGUGCGGCAAGCUGCCUGUGGCCAUCGUCCGGCCGUCCAUCGUGCUGUCCUCUCUCCGAGAACCGGUCCAGGGUUGGGUGGACAACUGGAACGGGCCGAACGGCAUCAUAGCGGCCGUCGGGAAGGGUAUCUUCAGGAGCAUGUUGGGCACCGGGGCCCGGGUGGCCGACCUGGUGCCUGUGGACACCGUCAUCAAUCUGAUGAUCGUGUGCGCGUGGAGGACGAGCCAGAGACGGAAUGACGGUGUACUUGUUUAUAACUGCUGCACCGGCCAGCAGAACCCCAUUACGUGGCAGCGCUUCGUGCGGACCAGCUUCAAAUACAUGCGGAAACAUCCCUUCAGUGAGGUCCUCUGGUACCCUGGCGGCGAUAUCACGAACAACCGGCUCAAGCACUCCACUCUCUCGCUUAUCGAACACCGAGCCCCUGCCUUUGUGAUGGACACCUUCGCGAGAGCCACUGGAAAGAAACCCAUGAUGAUGCGGGUGCAAAACAAACUUGAAAAAGCGGCAGCUUGCCUUGAAUAUUUCACCACCCGCCAAUGGGCCUUCGCGGAUGACAAUGUACAAGCCCUAUGCACGGCCCUAUCGCCAGAGGAUAGACGCAUAUUCGACUUUAAUGUCAGAAACAUCGACUGGGACGCGUACAUAGAGAGCUACGUACUUGGCAUCAGAAGGUUCUUGUUCAAAGAGAGCCCGGACACGCUGCCAAGGUCCAGGACUCGUCUCCGAAGGUUACACAUAGUUCACGUCCUCACCCAAGUGGCGGCCGUAUUCUUCCUCUGGAGAUUUCUCUUCUCUCGCUCUAACGCGUUGCGUAACUUCUGGCGGCGUAUACUAGACUUCAUAACACGCGCCGCGAGAAUGCUCGCCAUAGCCUGAUGCACAUAGCCUUAACCUCAGGCUUAGUAGAGCGACGCUGUUUGAUUCACAAAACGCUAGCGAUUAGCGUAAAUCUGUAAACGCUCGAGCGGCGGCGAUCAGCGGAGCGUUGUGAACGAAUAAUCAUAGACGUUGUUUGGCGAAAUGGAUCCGUCCUCUAAAAUUUGUCAUUGUUAACCUUUUCGACGCCGUGUCAAACACAAUAGCUGUCUCACUCGGACGCCACGUCGAAGUGUCAAAACUGAAAUUGAACUUUAUGUAUGCACGUAGGUCUAUGUUGCUCUGUGGUCUGUGACCGAUUAAUCCAUCUUUGGCGUUGAACCUGCGGUGCGGAUAUAUCGGUCAAUGGCGUCCAAAAGGUUAAUUACAGAUUUCUGUGGAUUGGAUAAUUUUCUCUAAAUUAUGUUUACACAUACCUACGAGCGGCCUUAGUGCACACUAAAAUUCCCACGCUUACAUAUGUGCACGUUGCGGUUUUGAAAAGUUCUCGUUAAUUCCAUGUCAAUCCAAAAUAUGAGAAGUUUCCGAAAUAUUACCAUGUUUCUUCGCGUUUUAAGAAAUUUUCGGACAGCAGAUCAGUAGUUAAACAAAUGCAAACAUAGAAGCGGGUGCACACUAAAUUACGCUUGACGCUCUCCGCUGGACGCUCGCCACUGUGCGUGACUAAAUGGAACUCAUACCUUUAGGUUCGUAACUAAGCGUAAUUAUAUAAGCGCUCGUUUUGUGAAUCCCUGCUGUUUUUGCUGGUUGGAUUGUGAACGGUGUUAGUAAGCUUGCGUGCCCGAUGCAUUCUGUUGUUGAUUUUUCACGUAAUGUUAUGAAUGAAAGUGACACGUUCCAGCGUUUGAAGUAAGAAACUAGCGUCUCCUGAGCGUCAUCGUCUAUAGUCUGUAACUUUAGGUAUUUAAAUAAAAGUAAACAAACAAUUUGUACAUUUUGGGGUAGUUAUAACGUUUAUUGGUGAACCAACCAAAUACAAAACCGCUUAAUAUCAGUCACUGAACCUGACUUUAACCUACAUUAUUUGAUCAUGUGAUGUUCUCAUCUACCCUCAACUGGCUUAAGGAGCCGUUUGAGGGUAGAUUUUGUUUACUUUUAUUUAAAUACCUAAAGAUACAGACUACAGUCAACUUUAUGGCUGCUGCUGCAAAAUUAGCAUUCACAAACUCACUUAAAGCCAGGGGUACACUAGGCGUCAACUGUCCCGUGACACGUCGGGUGAAGUGGCGCGACGUUGCCGGACUUCGCCCG